CUUUCUAUACUUCAAAUUUUAAAAGAAGAAUGUCAAAUGUCAAAUUUGAUUGUUUGACGAGUUGCUGAGAUUAUAUAGUUUGUUGAUUAAACGAAUACAGCAGAAAAAUGGCUUUCAAUUAUGCAAAUAUUCACUCAAAUACAAAAAGGCACAAUGCCGUACCACCACCAUCCAGUGGAGUAUCAAAACAAGGUUACUCUACAAUGAAUGCUAUAAGCCAAAAUGCACUUUCAGCCGCUUGGGGAGGUACUAGCAGAAAAAGAGCAGCUACUGAAGACGAGUAUUUCGAAGAAGAUGACGAGGAACAAGUACCAGAAUUGGCUUAUAUUCCAGCACCAGGUAGUCCCACUAGGUUAGAAAUGAUGCAAAAAAAAACAACAGACGAGGAAGAAGACGAUCCUUUAGAUGCUUAUAUGGCAGGAAUAGAACAACAGGUUCAGAAAGAGUCUCAGCAGGAUACCCAAGCAAAUCAGUCACAAGGGAUUCGUAAUGAUUUGGAAGAAGAAGAUAUAGAAGAAUCUUAUUAUAGAUAUAUGGAAGAAAAUCCUAAUGCUGGUCUAUUACCAAUAGAUGAUGAUUAUCCAGAUAUAGAAUAUGAUGAAGAUGGAAAUCCUAUCGCACCAGAUAAGAAGAAAAUAAUCGAUCCUUUACCACCAAUAGAUCAUUCAGAAAUUGAUUAUAAACCUUUUGAAAAGAUCUUCUACGAAGAUCAUCCUGAAAUAAAAGAACUAGAUGAUAACAAAGUUAAGGAAUUGAGAAAAACAUUGGAUAUUUCUGUGUCUGGAAGCGAUCCCCCUAAACCGGUUUCUUCAUUCGCCCAUUUCGGAUUCGAGGAGAAAUUAAUGAAAGCUAUUAUAAAAGCCGAAUAUACUUCUCCUACUCCCAUUCAAGCACAAGCUGUACCUUGUGCUUUGCUUGGAAGAGAUGUGCUUGGAAUAGCUCAUACAGGAAGUGGAAAAACUGCUGCAUUCUUAUGGCCCCUAAUAAAACAUGUGUCCGUCCAGAAACCUGUAGAAGAAGGGGAAGGUCCUAUUGCUUUGAUCCUAGCACCAACUAGGGAAUUGGCCAUACAGAUUUAUAACGAGGCUAAGAAGUUUGCUAAAGUGUAUGAUCUGAGAGUUAUCUGUGCCUACGGAGGUGGAUCUAAAUGGGAACAAAGUUUGGCUUUAAAAGAAGGUGCAGAAAUUGUAGUAGCCACUCCCGGUCGUAUAAUCGAUCACAUAAAAGGUGGAGCUACCAAUCUUCAAAGAGUCACAUUUCUGGUACUAGAUGAAGCCGAUCGGAUGUUUGAAUUAGGUUUCGAACCGCAAGUUCGUUCAGUUUGUAAUCACGUACGACCCGAUCGUCAAACUUUAUUAUUCUCUGCUACAUUUCGAAGAAGGAUAGAAAAAUUAGCUAAAGACGCAUUGAGUAAUCCCAUAAAGAUAUCUCAAGGGACUACGGGGCAAGCUAAUGAAGAUGUAACACAACACGUUAUACUUUUACCCAGCCAGGAGGCUAAAAGGGAAUGGUUAUUCGGAAAAUUAGUUGAGUUGUUAUCUGCUGGUUCAGUAUUGGUCUUUGUUACCAAAAAAUUGGAUGCCGAAUUAGUAGCUAGAGAUAUUAAAAUCAAAGAGUUUGAAUGUUUAUUGUUACACGGUGAUAUGGAACAAUUGGAAAGGAACAAAGUCAUAACUGCAUUCAAGAAGAAUGAAUGUUCUUUAUUGGUAGCCACCGACGUCGCCGCUAGAGGUCUCGAUAUUCCCCACGUCCGUACAGUUGUGAAUUAUGAUUUAGCCAGAGAUAUCGAUACUCAUACCCACAGAAUUGGUAGGACCGGUCGUGCCGGAAUGCAAGGUACCGCUUAUACUUUGCUCACAGCUAAAGAUAAAGAAUUUGCCGGACAUAUCGUUAAAAAUUUGGAAGCCGCACAUCAGGAGGUUCCACCUGAAGUUUUGGAAUUGGCGUUACAGAGUUCGUGGUAUAAAAAACAAAGGUUUAGGAAUAAGAAGGAUUACAAUCCAAACGUAGGCGGUAUCGGUUUGGGUUUUAAAGAGAAGUCAUCAAAUGCAGCAUCUGUAAGUAGUACGAAUCCUGUAGUUCAACAACAAGCUCGAGGUCCAGCUACCGAUAGAUUAUCCGCGAUGAAACAGGCGUUCAAAACACAAUAUAUGAACCAAUUCACAGCAAGUUCAGAUCAACCACCUAAACCUCCUCCGUCUACUCGAAAGAAAUCCAGAUGGGAGUAAGAUAAUUUUAGGGGUAUUUAAUUAAAAACAUUCGAUUGACCUUUUUUUUUUAAUAAUCAGUUGUAGAUAAAUAGUAAUUCAAUUAAAUUUUUCUGUCUUA